AUGGCUGCCGCCGGCAUGGCUUGUCGUUCGGGGCUGAGGUGGAGGGCGAAGGUGGCGCGGGGAGCCCUCGGGGGCCCCGGAACCGCGGGGCCCUGCCUGAAGGGAGCGGGCUGCCUUCGGCUGGCGCGGUCGGGUCUGACUAGAAGCCACUGGAGCGCCGCUGGAGACCGUAAAACGGUGUCUGUAGAAGUGGGGAGCAGAAAGCUGGAAAUUUCCUCUGGAAAACUAGCCAGGUUUGCUGAUGGGUGUGCUGUCGUGCAGCUAGGUGAUACGUCUGUGAUGGUGACAGCAGUCAGUAAAACGAAGCCUUCUCCAUCUCAGUUUAUGCCUUUGGUGGUUGACUAUCGACAAAAAGCUGCUGCAGCUGGAAGGAUUCCCACCAAUUAUCUGAGAAGAGAACUUGGUACCACUGAUAAAGAAAUUCUUACCAGCAGAGUAAUAGAUCGGUCAAUUAGACCACUUUUCCCAGCAGGCUACUAUUAUGAUACACAGAUCCUUUGUAAUCUUUUAGCUGUUGAUGGUAUCAAUGACCCUGAAGUGCUGGCAAUCAACGGAGCUUCUGCAGCCCUUGCAUUAUCAGAUAUUCCAUGGAAUGGCCCAGUUGGUGCUGUGAGAGUAGGAAUGGUUGAUGGAGAAAUCAUAGUUAAUCCCACUCGAAAAGAAAUGUCUUCUAGUAUUUUGGACUUAAUUGUCACUGGAGCUCCUCGUAGCCAGAUUGUUAUGUUGGAAGCUGCAGCAGAAAACGUAUUGCAGCAGGAUUUCUGCCAUGCCAUCAAAGUGGGAGUGAAGCAUGCCCAGCAGAUAAUUCUAGGCAUACAACAGCUGGCAAAAGAGCAGGGUGUUGUCAAGAGGGCUGUCCAGAAGUUUUUCACUGCUCCGGAGGAGAUUGUGGAUUGUGCAAAGCAGAUUGCAUCUGAAAAGGUUACUGCAGUGUUCUCGGAUUUCAGCCAUGAUAAGAUUUCAAGAGAUGAAGCAAUUAACAAACUAAGACUUGAAACAGAAGAACAGCUGAAAGAAAAGUUCCCCGAGGCAGAGCCUUAUGAAAUAAUGGAAUCGUUUAAUGUCGUUUCCAAGGAAAUUUUGAGAAAUCUUGUUCUCAAUGAGUACAGAAGGUGCGACGGUCGAGACCUGACUUCACUUAGAAAUAUCAGCUGUGAAGUGGAUAUGUUCAAAACUCUUCAUGGGUCAGCAUUAUUUCAGAGAGGUCAAACCCAGGUCCUGUGUACAGUUACGUUUGAUUCAUUGGAAUCGAGUGUAAAAUCUGAUCUUAUCACAACAGCUAUAAGUGGAAUAAAGGAAAAAAACUUCAUGCUCCAUUACGAGUUCCCUCCAUAUGCAACUAACGAAAUUGGCAAAAUUACCGGUAUAAACAGAAGAGAACUUGGUCAUGGUGCACUUGCAGAGAAGGCUUUGAGGCCAGUGGUUCCCCGAGAAUUUCCUUUCACAAUAAGGGUUACUGCAGAAGUACUGGAAUCCAAUGGAUCAUCAUCAAUGGCCUCCGCGUGUGGAGGGAGUUUAGCACUGAUGGAUGCAGGAGUCCCAAUAUCAUCUGCGGUAGCAGGUGUUGCUGUAGGUUUGAUUACGAGGCCUAAUCCUGAAAAAAAUGGAGACAUUGAAGAUUAUCGCUUGUUAACAGACCUUCUGGGAAUAGAGGAUUAUCAUGGUGAUAUGGAUUUCAAAAUGGCUGGGACAAAUAAAGGAAUAACAGCUUUGCAGGCUGACAUCAAACUACCAGGGAUACCCCUAAAAAUUGUAAUGGAAGCUAUUCAGCAAGCCACUGUGGCAAAGAGAGAAAUCUUGCAGAUUAUGAAUAAAACCAUUGCAAAACCUAGAGCAAGCCGAAAAGAAAAUGGACCACUUGUAGAAACUGUUGAAGUGCCACUAUCGAAAAGGGCGAGAUUUGUUGGCCCAGGAGGUUACAAUUUAAAGAAAAUUCAAGCUGAAACUGGAGUGACUGUUAGCCAAAUAGAUGAAGAGACGUUUUCUGUGUUUGCUCCGACCCCAGCUGCUAUGCACGAAGCACGAGAAUUUAUUACUGAAAUCUGCAAAGAUGAUCAGGAGUAUCAGUUGGAAUUUGGAGCCAUUUAUACAGCCACAAUAACUGAACUGAGAGAUAUUGGAGUGAUGGUUAAAUUGUACCCAAACAUGACUCCAGUUCUCCUUCACAACUCUCAGCUGGAUCAAAGAAAGAUCAAGCAUCCUAGUGCUCUUGGAUUAGAGGUCGACCAAGAAAUCCAGGUAAAAUACUUUGGUCGUGACCCAACCGAUGGCAGAAUGAGGCUUUCGCGGAAAGUGCUUCAGUCUCCGGCUACAUCUGUUGUUAAGACACUAAGUGACAAAAAUAGUAUAGUAAUGGGAAGUGCUAUCCCAGAGUCUGCUAGCUCGCCAUCAUAGCAACUUCUGAAACCCCAGGAACUCCUAUGGACUUAUCAGUACUGUGAUU